UUUCAGCCCAGCCAGAGAUCAGUCCGUAGUCAUUAUUGGUGUCAUUUUGUUGUUGUCUGAACGUAGAAAAAUUUAGCAAAAUACGCAGAAAAAUGAGCUGGGUUUCAAUCUUACGUAUCGUUUGAGGUUUGUGUUUUUUAAUCGUAGUGCUAUGCUAGCAGCUGAGCAGCGUCUGGAAAAUUAGCCGAUUUCCAACUCUACACCGAGAACUGCAGCAGAACAACACUUUCAAGCAAUGGGUAACGCACACAGCAGCAAAAGUAGCCCAGGUGGGAAACCAGUGAUACCGCCUUCCGGGGGUGUUCCCAAUGUCCAACAGCACCCCGCCGGUCCUAGCACCAACGGAGCUCCGAAAGGGAUGACCCGGUCAGCUUCCGGAGCCGAUCUCCAGGAUCGCUUGCAAACGCAAUACCAUCCGGUGGAGAAACUUGGCAAAAUUUUAGCCAAAAAAUGCGAAGACGCACACGGAAUCAACGGAAUUACGGAGGAUAUCUUCGCCAGAUACGUAUUCCCGAAAUUCCCUGAUCUGGGAUCGAAACUUUUCAAGUACCUUCGGCACAAUAGUCGCGCGAAAACCGAGCACCUAGGAUUGACGGCGUUCAGACAGCAAUGUGAAAAAUUUCUCAGCAUUCUGGAUGACUCGGUUAUAUUGGAAAACUAUGUCAAAAUGUUCGGAGAUUUGAACGAGACCGAGCUGAUCAAGCCCGAUAAUUUGAAGGACCUGCUGAGAACGUGCUAUAAUCUGGCCAUGGCCCACUAUCAGGAUGGACCGCAAACAUGCCGAUUGAAGAUUGACGAUGAAGAAUCGCUUGAUCGCACUUUGAGCUCAGUAGUGCAGUCCUGCUUCUUCUCCAAAGAGUCCCUGAGUUCCGGCUACAUAUGUCGCUGGUUGGAAAACAAUGUGCCUCGUCUGGUUCCUCCGAUACACAAGUAUUGCGUACACGCUCUGAGUACGUCCCAUCGUAUCAUUAUCGACAAUAGUAUGAAGAACAAUAGUGACACAGUGGUAUCCAUCAGUGCCAUCAAUGCGGGAGAAGCUAGCUAUGGGUUAGAACUCCAGACGCCUAUUUUGGAAAAAGGAAGUCCAAAUUUUAAUGCCAAACCGGCUACCGAAGGUAGUUCCAGCAAACCUCUUACUCAGGCAGACCGUGAACGAUUGAUCAUUCAGCAGCCGUUGCUACCGCUAUCCGAAGCCUGGCUGUUGGCUGGCUCGUUGCCUCCGUCUUAUUCCAGACCGCAAUCUAUCCAACCGCCACUGAACUCAAAUUCAUCCAACCUGGCGUCACAUGUAUUCAUGGCCAAACUGCUAUCCAUGGUACCGUCGCACUGGACGCUGCUGUACGACUCUCGACAAGACGGCUCGGGAACGAACCGUUUCUUACACCAUGUGUUGGGCUACCGCGGUCCAAAUUUAAUUCUCUUUCGCUGUGACGACGAAUUGCUAUUUUGUGUAGCAAAUCCGAGUGAAUGGCGCGAAACGCACCUGUACAUUGGGGACGAGGAUAGCUGCUGUCUGCAGCUACUGCCGAAAUUUGUGAUGUUGGAAAAGAAAGCUAAAAGCUUGUACUUGAAUACGCACAUCCGUGGCUAUCCGAAAGGGCUACGUGCGGGAUCAGAUCCCCGGAAACCGGUGCUGAUCGUGGAUGAACACUUUGAAAAACUGGAACAUCGUGGCCUACAGCACAAGAUUUUGUCCAUCGAAGUGUGGGGCUGUGGCAACCCCUCGCAGCGGGAAAUUCAGCUGGACAUUAAAAACUGGCAGAUCAAAGAGGCGGAACGCCAACGAACGGUUAAGAUGACGGCGGCCGACUGGAUGGACCACCCCGACCGGUACCUGCUGGAGCUUGGCGGACGUCAAAAUUACAAUAACUCGUCCUCGUAAACUCAAUUUAUCCUAAUGGUUGCGUAGUUGCUUCAGUGUCAAAUAAGUACUUACAGCAUCUAUUUGAUUUCAAACAAGCGACUUAUCUAUAUUAUUUUGUGAACAUUUACUUAUGACACGAAAUGUUGCCUUUGUGAAAAUUUUGCUAUAGUUAGUACUUAAAUUUAUGGCAACAUGUAGGUAUUGAAACUAAAAAAAUAGAUUGAUAAAAUAUAAGAAACUUGUUGAUUAUUUUUAACAACUUCUUUAAAAAAUGUAUUUUA